AUGAAGGGUGUUAGUGGUGUGAUGCCUUCCCCAGCGGGGUCUAGAGAGGCCCUCAACAGAGCUCGAGCUCGGAGGUUGUCGGGGGACAGGACGGCGGCGUGGUAUGCUAAUGCUCCGUCACCAUAUGCUACUCUGGCUAGAAUACGUGCUGUAGAGACUUCGAGGCACUUCGUCAAGAUGCGGUAUAGGAGUGGGGACCAUAGCGUUUCGGAAAAAUAUGUUCUUCCCGAAAUUGCCGCGAAAAGUGUGCAGCAAGAGGCAGGACAAGAGAUGCAGAGAUCGCGGUUCCGAUGUGAUGCUCUGUUGAAGGACCUCGACCGUUGUAGAAAGGAACUAAAGAGGACCAAGGAUCAAUUCCAUGACGCCUUGGUUGCCUCCCAGGACUUCAACUGGAAUGCCAAUAAGAAGUUAGCGCAUCGAGAUGAUAAAGGAGGACACGCGGCCACACAGAAGGGCAAAAGUACGGCUUUCGGCCCUGAGGAAAUCGAUAAGGUACGCAUCUUUGCUGACUUAGCAGCAGAAGUAUCACCACGAGAGAAGGCUCUGAGGGAGGCCGCGAAAAUGUAUAAAAUCCCGCUUUUUGAUGCGGAAAAUAUAUGGAAAAAAUUCAAAAAAAUUUGCGCUGAAGGUUCAUCUACGAUGACUAAAAAAGAGUUCGAGAUCCUUCUACUACAGCUUCUACGGGUGGCGGCCAUUCGCCCUAGUAGGUUGGACGAAUGGUGGCGUAGUUUGGAUCGCCAUAAAAAGGGUGAAGGCCAAGUUGUUUGCGAGCAUGGUAGCCCCUUCACAGCCACCACCAGAGGUCCUCAGCGUGAAGCCCGUCGUCCCUCCACACGUAUUAGAAUCAUUACUCAGCUACAAAAGCAAGGCCCUGAUCAGCCGAGGUGGCGGCCAUUCGCCCUAGUAGGUUGGACGAAUGGUGGCGUAGUUUGGAUCGCCAUAAAAAGGGUGAAGUUGGUUUUGUUGAGUUCCUCCGAUAUUAUUGGACUCGCCUUCGUGGGGUCUAACAUGGCCAAGUUGUUUGCGAGCAUGGUAGCCCCUUCACAGCCACCACCAGAGGUCCUUAGCGUGAAGCCCGUCGUCCCUCCACACGUAUUAGAAUCAUUACUCAGCUACAAAAGCAAGGCCCUGAUCAGCCGGGUGCCCUUGUCCAAGGAGGCCCUAAGGAGGAUAUCUUUCGAGGCUGAGGCCUUGUCGGCUAAGCUGGCCAGUGAGGCUUUGGCCAGCAGUAGAAAACGAAGGGAGGCAACUAUAGCUGAUCACGACAGCGAGAUGGUAUCAGAGGUGGAUGCCGCUGAGGAGGACGAUUUAAUGCGAGCUCUGGCAGGAGGAGAGAAGGAGGCUCUCUCUGGAGAGCAACGGGUGACCCUCGAGGACGUCAUUGUUGCAGCCAAGGCCCUGGGGUUGGCCUUACCGUUGCGGGAUCGUGCUGGAUCCUGA